AGAGAAACCAUAAACCCGUUUAAAAGAAGAAAAGCCAAGUUAAAGAGCACAGAAAAAGAGAGAGAAAGAAGAAGAGAACCCGAUAAAGAGAGAAACAAUACAAAACAGAGGCGACUCUGUAUAUUAUUAGUAUGCGAACAAAACUUCGUCUCUCCCUCUGCUGAUUAUUCUUUUCUGCUUCCCCACUGUUUUUCUAACAUUAAUUGUAUCAGCGAAUUCAUGGCGGAUCUGUACGGAACUACACCACCGACUUCGGACCACGAGCCUGAAGAAAUCACCUCAUUUCUGAACCAACUUAUCCACAAUUCUUCAGCAUCAUCUUCUUUUUGUUUAUUGCCUAAACCGGAGGAUCGCAAUCAAUUUGGCCAAUCGGCUGACCCGUCCCUUCUUGGCUCCUCUUCACCUGCUGUUGUCAAUUUCUCUAACUUUAAGGUUGCUGCUGUGGAUUCUGAUACCAAUGAUAGCGAGGGUCAGGAGGCGCCGGAAGUGCCAUCGGACAGUAGAAUUCAAAAUAAAACGUCGUCCUCCAAAAGGAGCAGGGCCGCAGAGGUUCAUAAUAUGUCAGAAAAGAGGAGAAGGAGUAGGAUUAAUGAGAAAAUGAAAGCGUUGCAAAAUCUAAUCCCAAAUUCUAAUAAGACUGAUAAAGCUUCCAUGUUGGAUGAGGCAAUAGAAUAUCUAAAGCAGCUUCAGCUUCAAGUACAGAUGUUAACAAUGAGAAAUGGGCUGAGUUUGCACCCAGCAUGGAUACCUGGUGUAUUACAGCCAAUGCAACUGCCUCAAAUGGGAACAGUCUUCGAUGGGGGCGAUGAGUUGCUGAAUACCAACAGAGCGACAAACAAUCUUUCUGCAAAUGAAGAAACCAUAGUUAAAACUGCCUUUAAUCAAUCCAACCAAUGUACUGUCUCAAAUCAACCAAUGGUCAUAUCUUCAAUGUCAGAUGUUAGCACAUCAGAAGCCCCAUUUGGGCAUGAACCACUGAUUCAGGCUAACUAUGCACCCUUCAGUUUCUCAUCUUCCAAGGAGAUCCACAGCGAAGGUGUUCCUCAAGUGCUUUUAGAUAUGAAUUUCUCUGGGAAGAGCUCUUCAUCUGUUGUGUCUUAGGCAAUACCUUAUUUUCAGAAUUGUGAUGACCAUAUGAACAGUAGGUUUUGGUCAAACACCAUAGAAUUUGCAAAUAAUCUUUUAAACAGCUGACAUUUUUACACUCUUUAUCAGUUUAUUUAUGUAGCAAACCACAUUAGGUUGAACUAUUGACAUCCGUUUAACCAUAUAUAAAGCUUUUUCAUAAAGUUCUGUUGUUUA